CAUGUCGCUCAUCACGAUUUACAUAUCGCGAGAUAAAAUCACGUGAAUUAUGCGCGAUUAAAUUGGAUUUAAUUAGUUAAGUGUAAUACGUGCGAAAAUAUGUUCAAUUAUCAAGUGAUACAUGUAUGGGAUUAAAAUGGCAUCGAGGCCAUGUGUUUUUAUCCUGUUACUCUACCAGUUGCUGGUCGUAAACAUAUUCACGUGCGGUUAUUUAUCGUCGGCGAUAACGACGCCGUCGAACGGGCUGCGAUGGGUGCGCGUGAACCUGCCGCCGUAUCGCAAGCCGGGUGAGACGGCGCAAUUGCACUGCGAUUACGAUCUCGGCAACGACACCCUCUACGCCGUCAAGUGGUACAAAGACGACGAGGAGUUCUAUCGGUACGUCGCCAAGGAGCGCCCGCCGGCGAGCAGUCACAAUGUAGAUGGCGUUUCAGUGGACGUUAGAGAGUCAAAUAGUAAACUGGUUUCACUACGGAGUGUUACACUGCGUAGUGGGGGUUUAUACAGAUGUGAAGUAUCAGCCGAGGCACCAUCGUUUGCGUCUGCGCAGAGUGAAGCACGCAUGGAAGUGAUUUCAUUACCAACCGACGAUCCAACAAUAACCGGAGUAGAAUCUCAAUACCAAAUUGGUGAUGAAAUCAACCUCAACUGCACAUCAAGUAAAAGCUACCCUGCAUCAGUCCUCCAUUGGUACAUAAACGAACAUCAGGUUACCAGUAACAAAGCGUUAAUAAGAUACACAAAACCUGAGCGCCCCGAGCAAGGACUCCGCACCACCGUGCUAGGCUUACGUUUCACCCUCAACCAGCGCCAUUUUCUCGGCGGCUCAAUGAGCGUCAAAUGCGUGGCGUCGCUUUCGCCCUCGCUCUGGCUGAAUGACCGCUCCUCAGUCGUGCAGAAUCUUCCCAUCAAGGAUCAUCAACAGGAACUGCUCGGCGAAUGGAGUACCUUAAUGCUCGUGAAAAGUGCAUCAAACCCAUUAACACACACAUUUUUAUGCGUUCUUUUCACUGGCGUCAUCACUUUAACAACGAAACUUGUGUUUUAAACGACUUUUACUAGAUGCAGAUAAGUUUUGAGUAGUUUAUACUGACAGUUGUAAAAUUAUCAGAGUUUUAUAUAUGAAAAAGGUGUAAAUUUGGUUGCAUACGAUGAUUUUACAACUGACAGUUGUUUACGACGUGUUUAAUAGGUUGCAUAUUUAAUAUUCUUUUAUAUAUCUAUCAACUUGUAAAACACAACCCGAUGGAGUGGUGGCGAUAAGAAGAAAAUGUGCUUUUCCUAGCCGAGCGUCGUUGCAAUGUUUAGUCGAUGUAUAAAUCAAUACUGUAAAUAAUGAAAAUGAAAAAUAAGCGCAGAGUAUAAGCUAUAUUUAAGUAAUAAUAAUGAUGAUAAUGUACUGCAUCGUAACGAACAGUGGAAAUAAAACGUAUCAUUAGACGAUGAA